AUUCGCUAAUUACUUUGAUUAGUAUAAAGUACGUAUUGCAAACAAACUGACUUAUUGGUACAAUGAUUUUCCAAAACAAAUAUAUAUUUUUGCUUUCGUGCGUGUUUGUGUGUGGGAGUGCAGCUGUGUAUGAAAAUGGGUACCAUAUGGAUGUUGGGGUACCUAAGGCGACAUGGUUGAGGAGACAGCCUAUCAGCAGGAUUGUGGGCGGUACCAAAGUUGAUUCUGCGACGGCGGUUCCUUACCAGGCAGGUAUCGUAGUACGGCUCACAACAGGUUGGACAUCAGUCUGCGGAGGGUCUGUUGUUUCUGCCACCAGGGUCUUGACAGCUGCUCAUUGCUGGUGGGACGGGCAGAGCCAGGCGGCCCUCUUCACCAUAGUCCUUGGAUCCCUGACCCUUUUUAGCGGAGGCACCAGAAUUGAGACUAAGCAGGUCACUCCUCACGCCAAUUGGAAUACUAGAGACUACACUCACGACAUAGCUAUGGUCAGGAUACCGGCCAUUACUUUCAGCAAUAAGAUUCAAGCAAUACCUCUGCCUACAGCAAGUAUUGUGAACAACAACUUCGUUGGAUUUACCGGGACCAUAUCCGGCUUCGGGAAGACUUCGGAUGCACAAAGCGCUGUAUCCUCUUCAACGGUCCUGCAUCGAGCCACGGUGCCCGUAAUUUCAAACGCUGUGUGUCAGAGAAGCUUCUCGUUAAAUAUCCAUGGCAGCCAUCUUUGCACCAGCGGCGAUGGUCGUAAAGGCACCUGCGACGGUGACUCCGGUGGUCCACUUACCGUCAUCGUCAAUAAUCAGAGAGUUCAGAUCGGCGUUGUAUCGUUUGGACCUCCAUCGGGAUGUGAAUUCGGGGAGCCUUCGGUGUACACGAGGCUAACUUCUUUCCUCAACUGGCUGCAGGCUCAAAUGUAACAUCUGGAUUGCUGAAA